GACCACGACUACUGAAUUAUACAUGAUUAUUGUCACUUAAAAGCAUUCGGUACAUAGGUUGGUCAGAUCUAAUUAAUAUAAGCCAAUUUUUUUGUAUCUAAACCGAGGUAUUAAGCACAUUUUGACACUAUGCAAGAUCCAAAUGAGGACACAGAAUGGAAUGAUAUUCUCAGGAGAAAAGGAAUUAUACCUGAGAAAGAAAAAGAAGUUACAGAGGAACAAAUAGUGGAUAUAGUAGAAAAUACUAUAAAUGAGAAGACUGGACGUGCUGCUAAUGAUUUGGAAUCUAAGACACUGGAUGAAUUAGAUGAAUUAGAGGAUGAAGAAGAUGAGAAGAUUUUAUUGGAAUAUAGGAAUAAAAGAAUAGCAGAAUUAAAGGAACUGGCCAGCAAAUCUAAAUAUGGAGAAGUGAAAGAAAUUUCAGGUGAAGAUUAUGUUCAGGAAGUGAAUAAUGCUGGAGAUGAUGUUUGGGUUGUACUUCACUUGUAUAGACCUGGCAUCCCACUUUGCACAUUAAUAAAUCAAUAUUUAAGCAAUUUAGCUAGAAAAUUUCCUACAACAAAGUUUCUGAAAAGUAUUUCUACUACUUGUAUUCCUAACUGGCCAGAUAGUAAUCUUCCUACAAUUUUUAUUUACCAUAAUGGAAACAUGGUAAAACAACUUAUUGGACCAAUAGAAUUAAGAGGAAUGAAACUGACAGAAGCAGAACUAGAAUGGAUGUUGGGUCAAGCAGAAGCUGUACCCACAAAAAUUACUGAGGACCCAAGGCCAAAAGUCAGAGAUGUAUUAUUUUCUACAUUAAGACCUGAAAAUGAUGACUUGGCUGAAAGUGAUGAUUGGUAAUUUAUUUAUGGUAGGCAUUUGAAAAAGCCAAAUCACUAUAAU